CACCAGUGAAUUAAUUGGCUUGAUUGUAGAACAGCUGCUAGCCUCAGGCCCUUCAGCGCAAUACAUAGUACUACCAACAUGUAUGUACCAACUCCCAAAUUGGCAGCAUAACUGGUCUCAACUUAGCCUUAGCAUAACUCAAUUCAUUGCCUUUUAAUUCUGCAGAACAGAAAUUCCAACGUCUCUGCAGACGCAACACAGAAAACAAAAUGGUCGUCCUAGCCGCAUCCAUAUGUACUCGAGGCGGGAAAGCUGUCCUCUCCAGGCAGUUCCGCGAGAUGCCCAGAUCGCGAAUCGAAGCCCUCCUAGCAUCCUUCCCUAAGCUUGCUGACUCUGGCACCCAGCACACCACCGUAGAGCAGGACAAUGUUCGAUUCGUCUACCAGCCCCUCGAUGAGCUUUACAUGGUCCUCAUCACCAACCGCCAGUCCAACAUCUUGCAGGAUAUCGACUCCCUCCACCUGUUUGCUCAGGUAGUUACUAGCACUUGCAGAAGUUUAGACGAGAGGGAAAUCUUGAAGAAUGCCUACGAACUACUUAGCGCAUUUGACGAGCUGGUUUCGCUGGGUUACAGGGAAAACCUUACUAUUAGUCAAAUCAAGACUUUCUUGGAGAUGGAAAGUCACGAAGAGCGCAUCCAGGAGAUUAUUGCGAGGAACAAGGAACUUGAAGCAACGGAGGAGCGCAAACGAAAGGCCAAGCAGCUGGAGUUGCAACGAAAGGAAUCCGCGAGAAUGGGCCGUCCUGGUGCGCCUCGAACGCCGGUAUACCCGACCUAUACACCUCCUACGCGUCCCACGCCCGCAGAUACCUACGAUACCUACGAAGCUGAGAAGAACAAGACACAUAAGACAACGGUUAUGAAGGGCAAAGGAAUGCAGUUGGGUAAGAAGUCUAAGACCACAGACAUGUUUGAACGUGUCCGAGGAGAUAUGGGAGCCGAAGUAGACGAAACACCUCUCGCACGUGCUCCUCCCACUCCGACUGCUGAGCCUGCAGCCCCACGAAUCUCGUCGACCCUGGACCGCGAUGCGAUCCACGUAACUAUCAACGAAUCUAUCAACGCCAAAUUGUCCAGGGAAGGUUCUGUAAACUCCCUAGCCGUCACUGGUGAUUUAAGUUUGAAAAUCUCGGAUCCCAGCUUGACCAAGAUCAAGCUCGAACUUGCCGCAGUCGCCUCCCACGGUGCCCAGUUCCGUACGCAUCCCAACGUCGACCGUGGCCUCUUUACGAGCUCCAAGGCUAUUCAGAUGAGCAACGUUGCCCGUGGCUUCCCUGUCAACAAUGCUGUUGGCGUGUUAAGAUGGCGAGCUACACCAAAGACCGACGACACGAGCGCCUUGCCAAUUAGUUUCACCGUUUGGGUGAAUAAGGGCUCGUCCCAACAUUACACGAUAACGGUCGAGUAUGAACUUACCGGAGGUGACACCUUGAAAGAUGUUACUGUUGUCAUUCCGUACGUUACCAGCGAACCGGAAGUGACCAGCUUCGAUGCUACCUACGAAGUAUCUGGCGAUAGUCUCGAAUGGCACAUUGGAACCAUCAGCGAUGACAACCCCAACGGAUCGUUUGAAUUUAGCGCGCAGGCGUAUGAAGAGGACGAGUUUUUCCCUAUGCAAGUUCGAUUCUCGAAGACGGUACCUUUCGUCGAGAUUGAUGUGUUAUCAGUUACGUUGGUGGAAGAGAAUGAAGAGGUGACCUUCUCGAAGGAUAUUAGAUCUGUCGCUGAUUCCUAUCUGGUCGAGUAACGAUUCCUGGGGGUAGGACGUAAUGAAUUUAGCAUGGAGCAACGGCCACCAAAAGGGGGAGGGGUUGAGACAGCAUGUUAUAUAGAGCCAUGGCUAGGUACCUAAGAUAGGGCAUGCUAAUUGAUUGUGAAUGAUGUUAUCAAUUUUAUAUCUGAAUUAAUAUAAAUCUACCUUGAUUUAUAUAAGA